UGUAAUAGAUGACGUCUGGUGGAACUGAGAGCAUCUUGAUGGCCUGUAAAGCCUACAGAGAGUUGGCUUAUGAAAAAGGGAUCAAAUAUCCAGAAAUGUUGGUGCCAGAAAGUGCCCAUGCAGCCUUUGACAAGGCUGCCCAUUAUUUCAAGAUUAAGAUUGUGCACAUUCCAUUGACCAAAUUGAUGCAAGUGGACGUGAAGGCAAUGAAGAAAGCCAUUUCCAAGAAUACAGCCAUGCUGGUCUGUUCAGCCCCACAAUUUCCUCAUGGGAGCAUUGACCCCAUUGAGGAGGUAGCAAAGCUUGCCCUGAAAUACAAUAUUCCCUUCCACGUGGAUGCCUGCCUAGGAGGUUUUCUCAUUGCCUUCAUGGAGAAGGCAGGAUUUCCUUUACAGACUUUUGAUUUCCGAGUGAAAGGUGUCACCAGCAUUUCCGCAGAUACACAUAAGUAUGGCUAUGCUCCAAAGGGCUCCUCUGUAAUAAUGUACAGUGAUGUGAAAUACCGGCGUCAUCAGUUCUUUGUUGCUCCUGAUUGGCAAGGCGGGAUUUACGCCUCCCCCACUAUUGCUGGUUCCAGACCUGGAUGCCUUAUUGCAGGUUGCUGGGCAACAAUGGUGCACUUAGGAGAAGGUGGUUAUGUGGAAGCCACUAGGAAGAUCAUCUCAACUACAAGGUUCAUCAUAUCUGAGUUGCAGAAAAUUGACCACAUCCUUAUCAUUGGCAAACCGGAGGUUUCUGUCUUUGCUUUGAAGUCUGAUACAUUUGACAUUUACCGAUUGUCAAACCUGCUAGUAUCUAGAGGAUGGAAUUUUAAUAAUUUACAGUUCCCUCGAAGUAUUCAUUUCUGCAUAACACUAGUGCAAACAAAACCUGGGUUGGCUGAACUACUUCUGAAGGAUAUUAGAGAGAGUGUCUCUGAGAUCAUGAAGGAUCCCAAAGGAAAGACUACUGGCAUGGCUGCAAUCUAUGGCAUGGCACAAGCCAUUCCUGACAGAAACCUGAUUUCAGAAAUUGUUGGUGGUUAUUUGGACAACCUGUACAGCACAGAUCCUCGUCCGUUUGCUGAAGCGCACAUGAAUGGUUCUCCAACCGCCCACUGAUUUUUAGCAAUAUACUUCAGCUGUUGGAUUAUAUUCUAAAGAAUUCAAGGGAAAGAGAAUAUCAUUUGGAAGUGUUCCUUCUGCAGAUACAGCUCAUAAAGGAGUUUGAUCUGCUUGUAUAACAGUCCCUCUUAGGUUAAACACAAAUUCAAUCCCUUAGCUUAGAUUGGCUGUUCAGACCUGCGAAACUUCAGAAAUACUCUCUUAACUUCUGAGUCUUUGUAUUUCUUACGAUAACCCAUUGCUGCUCCUAGUUCUUCAAGGGACAGCAGGCUUAAGGGCAAUGGAAUUCUGUUCUGUCAUUCUUCACAUCUCUUGAAUGACUUUUACCACCGAGCAGUGAGUUCAACAAAAGGUUGCAUGUAAACAUCCUUCACAGACUUUAGGAUAAAGUAAGGGUGGUGUUUAGUUCACUUUGCGGGAAUUUGCUCUGAUUGAGAGGAAAUGGAUCAAAGGAAGAAAGGGACACUUCCUUCUUUCUCUGUACCUGCAGGGUGCUUUUCUCUUUCCCUAGAUUUUGUUUUAUUGUGACCUCUCAGUCUUUGAGCCAUGCAGAUCCAUGGAGGUACUAAGGAUAAAAUGGUUCUUCCAUAUUGGGGAGCGUUUGUCCUACUUUCUUACUGCACUGGGAGAAAGCAAAUUGUACUUCUUAAAAGGCAGUGUCCCUGUUUGAGAAGUUCAGCUUCUUAAACUGCUCACGUUUCCAGUUCUGUCAUUUGUUAAGCGCCUUUAUGGACUUAGAGCACCAGUGAGUGUAGUGACUCAGAGCACCAGUGACUCAGAAUGUAAUUAUUUGUAGGACACAGCGCUCCUUUUCAGGUGCUGCACUGAUUGUCAGACACAUUCUUAAGAAAGCACACACAGAUGUUGCCUUAAAUGCUGAGAGCAUCCCCACUCAGAAGCCAGGAAGGAGGUAGCAUGAUCAAUUCCACAGAUGAUCGCUUCCUUUAUGGCACUACACUGAAAAUAACCUCAGCCUCAGGUAUAAUAUACUCCUCCUCCUUCUCAGUAUGUUGUGUUGUCUGAGCUCAGUCCACCUGUAGAUAGCACUUUGCAACUUUGCUAUGGAUACCUGUGGUCUAGAAGCUUGGCCUUAAUGGGUUAGGCAUUGCUUCUAUCCCAUUGUUUAGUUUGCUUCUAGAAGUAGCUAUGGCUCCUGUGGGAAGUUCAUGGGCCAAAGGGCAGGCACAUUAACUUUUUAUUCCAAGGCUUGAGGUGAAUGGAGAACAGUUCUGUUUGGCCUUGAACCAUUUCUGUAGAUUACUAGGUACUUCACUAGAUCACCCAAGAUUUUAUUGCCUUCAGUCAGCAGUGCUCCUCUGAAGAAUGCAUAGAAUCAAAUAUUUAGUUGUAUAGACUAAUGUUCCUUUCACUUAUUAUUGUACAAUCCUUUGUGACUUGAUGUGUUCAGGGUCUAUGUUGUUAUGUGAAUCUUGGGAUUAAUCAUUUAGCUCUUUGUGGCCAUCUUUCUAUUUCAAUUCUGAAUGGAGUGAAUACAAAACAACUUGAUGGUUAAUUGCCUGAAACAUGGACAUGUACAUGUACUAAUUACUCUGUUUGAACAGAUACCCAGGUAUGGUUUCCAAAUAUAUUAAGAAAGGAAAACUUGACUGCAUCCCUCAUACUUGUGUACUUGUAAAUUGUUUUCAUUCAUGUUCUAGAACAGAAUGUUAAUUUGUAAGAUCUUAAUUUCAGUUUAGUACUAAUACAUAUUCAGUAGUGCUUUAUUUCAAUACUUAACCCAUAUAUACUUUCUCAUCCAUCUUGUACAUGUUUUCAGGUUUAAAAUAAAUGUCUUUUUCUCCCUCA